AUCAUUGGGCCGUUUCAGUGCGGCGCAGGUUCGACUAAUCGCCCCCUUCUUUGCUUUCCGCGUCGAUCUCUCCUUCCCAGUUUUUAGGGCGCCAGAAGAGAGGACGAAGGCUCCCCCAGAUCGCCGGCCCUGUCUCCUUCCGUCCUGAUCGCUCGAUCGCCAAACUCCAAGAUGGGAUAUAUAGGGCACCAUGGUGUUGCGACGCUGCACAAGUACAAGUACAGCGGCGUGGACAACUCGCUGGUCGCGAAAUAUAUCUUGCAGCCCUUUUGGAGCCGCUGCGUGACCCUUUUCCCUCUUUGGAUGCCUCCAAAUAUGAUCACACUUACAGGUUUCAUAUUUUUGGUCAUAUCGGCACUUCUUGGCUAUAUUUAUUCACCUCAUCUAGACACAGCCCCCCCAAGAUGGGUCCACCUUGCUCAUGGAAUGCUUCUUUUCUUGUAUCAGACCUUUGAUGCUGUUGAUGGCAAACAAGCAAGGCGUACCAAUUCAUCAAGUCCUUUAGGGGAACUUUUUGAUCAUGGAUGUGAUGCACUUGCAUGUGCUUUUGAGUGCUUGGCUUUUGGAAGCACAGCAAUGUGUGGAAUGACUACUUUCUGGUUCUGGGUAAUUGCAGCUAUCCCGUUUUAUUUGGCAACAUGGGAACACUUCUUUACAAAUACUCUUAUUCUUCCUAUUGUAAAUGGACCUACAGAAGGGCUCAUGCUGAUUUACGCAUGCCAUUUUCUGACAUUCUUUUUGGGAGCUGAAUGGUGGGCACAAGAUUUUAGGAAGUCCAUCCCCCUUUUUAGCUGGGUGCCGUUAGUUCCUGAAAUACCACUAUAUGGUGCUGUGCUAUUUCUUAUGAUUGUUUUUGGUGUACUGCCAACUAUUGGAUCUAACAUUAGCAAUGUCCAUAUGGUAGUCCAAGCAAGAAAGGGAAGCAUGUUGCUGGCAUUAGCAAUGCUCUUUCCUUUCAGCGUCCUCAUGGCCGCAGUUCUUAUCUGGUCUUAUUUGUCUCCUUCGGAUAUUAUGUACAAUCACCCGCAUUUGCUUAUAGUUGGAACGGGUUUUGCAUUUGGAUUUCUUGUGGGAAGGAUGAUUCUGGCUCACCUUUGUGACGAACCCAAGGGUUUAAAAACUGGAAUGUGCUUGUCUUUGUUGUUUAUUCCUCUUGCCAUUGCAAAUGCUCUUACUGCAAAGCUUAAUGAUGGAAUUCCUCUGGUUGACGAGCAUUUUAUGCUUCUCUUGUAUUGUGUAUUCACAGUGGGACUCUACCUGCAUUUUGCCACAUCGGUCAUCCAUGAGAUCACCAAUGCACUGGGCAUCAGCUGCUUCAGGAUAACUCGGAAAGAAGCUUAAAAAGCUAUUGGUCCAGAUGCUGUUCGUGCUUGAUUUCUUUCGUUGCUUCGCUGAAACCAGAAAAGCUACGUUGAAUAUUUCCAUUUGUCCAAUAUCAUCAGAUGAUUUUGCCUGAUUAAUAUUUCUUCAGUUUAUCGGAGAUUUUGUAUGAAACUAAAGCAAUAUUAACAUUGGCUUCGAUAGAAUGAGGAAAAUAUUGUUACCUUCUGGGUUUUCGAGCAGGGAUGUGUGGAAGUUAAUUCUAUGUUGUAUUAGCAUCUGUUGUAUAUUCAUUAAAUGAAGUUAGUGAUAUUAUUUUGAGGAACAUGGAAUAAAAAUAGAUAAAGGGCAAGAAGAGAACUAAUGCAGAUCAAGAUGGCAUUAA